AUGAAAUUCGGCCAGAAUCUUCCGCGCAACCAGGUGCCGGAAUGGGCGUCAUCGUACAUCAAUUACAAGGGCCUGAAGAAGCUCAUCAAAUCGGCCGCCGAAGCUGUCAAGCAAGGCGGAGAUGCAGAUCUUGCGGAGUUCUUCUUCUCCCUCGAUCGAAAUCUCGAGGACGUCGACGGGUUCUACAACAAGAAAUACGCCGAGUCGGCUCGAAGACUGAAGCUACUACACGAUAAAUAUGGCACAACAGCUGAGAUACCCGAAGGGCUGGACAAAGACGAGGUUGAAGAUCUCAUGGGAGCUCUGCUUGAGUUGCGUGGGCAGCUCAGAAAGCUACAAUGGUACGGCGAGGUGAAUCGAAGAGGCUUUGUGAAGAUCACGAAGAAGCUUGACAAGAAAGUUCCGCGAGCCUCCACUCAGCAACGUUAUCUCGCAACAAAAGUCGAUCCCAAACCCUUUGCGACCAAUGCCCAGCUGUCAGAAGACAUGAAAACGAUCAAUGAGUGGCUGUCAAACCUCAGCGACGUCAAAACAUCGGACGAUUCAAGCUCAGUACAUUCAACGCAGAACAUGAAGAGGGUGUCGUCUCGAACCAUGUUGAACCUACCGUCAGGUUUGUUGGACACGCUCGAUCAAGCCAUCCGCAAUGAUGAUGCCGCUAUACUAGCCGAGCUGCUCACGGAAGCGGACGGCGAAGACCGCUCGAGUCCGUUUUUUCAAAAACUGCUGCUCAACCUGCUUCAACGAUCAAUAUCGUGCAAAGCCAAGACCUGCAUUGACAAGCUAUUGGAUGACAUCAAGUCACUCGACGAGGAUGAUGACAUCAACCAACGAAACUGUAUACACAGACUCGUCAUUACCAUCGGCCGUUCAAAAGCAAAUAGCGGCUUGCAGAGCGCAGGCUUACUACUUGCGCCGACUACCGACACGUCCAACUUCCUUAUGCCAGCUGAGUCGCCUAUGCUACUCGCGCCGACAUGCCAGAUGACCGAGCAGGAAUCCACAAACUUACUCAACAAGAACGACGAGUCCGUUAAAUUGCUCGUCUACCUUUUGAAUAGCUUGCGCUCUCAUCAGAGAUCAGCUCUUAAGGCACGUGACUCCUAUGGCCGGCUGCCAUUGCACUAUGCUGCGCAAUACGGCUUCGUCGUGAUAUGUCAGGUGGUUAUCAACCACAUGCAAGAAUGGGGACAGUUUGAUGUUUCUCAAGGUAUCGACUCGCCUACAUGGCAGGACCUGGAAGGCUACGCUCCGCUGCAUCUCAGUGUUAUCGGAGGCCAUCCGCUUACUACGAAAACCUUGCUGGAAGCGGAGAACUGGCAAGGCCAGUCAGACGACAAGAUGAGCGUUCGUAAGAACAUUUCUAGAUCGGGUGCCGUCCUGGCUCUCGCAACAAAGUCCAAUUCGACAGUGAUCGUUAAGCUACUGGUGGAAGCCGGCGUGGACAUCAAUUAUCGGGACGAGCAGGGCGAGACUGCUCUGCAUGUAGCAGCGCGUUACGGAUACGAGCAAUGCGCGAAGAUCCUACUUGAGGGCUCAUCGAGUCAGAAAGCAGACAUCGAUGUGCCGGAGAACACCUUUGGCUGGACGCCUUUAUUCAUUGCUGCGGUUGACGGUCACUUGUCGAUCGUCGAGCUCAUGAUUGAGGCCCAUGCUGAUCUGGACAGAGCGGAUUUCGAAGGCUGGACGGCAAAGGAGCAUGCCGCCUUACGAGGCCAUCUGGACAUUGCCGCCCUGCUUGCCAAGCACACAUCAGUACCAGACUCGCCUGCUACCGAGGUCUCCACUACCUCUUCUGGAUCUCCACCAGGAAUAUCGUCGCUCGAAGAACGCAGAUCAAAUGGGCUCUCCAGAGAUAACGACACUGCUCCCGUGGCCAAGCCUGUCAAAACUUUCGGACAUCGAUAUCUGAUUAAGGAAAGUAUAGUCCUCGUCAGCCUAGGUUCCAUGGAUGUGCGGAAGAAUACCGCGGCUGUGAAACUAGACAAUAUUCCGCUUGCCGAUGCGCAUGCCACUCAGCUUGACACCGCCCUUUCUGUCGUUGUUUCCGCAACUGGCGCCACCGGCGAACCUACCAUCAUCGAUUUGCCAGUGGCCGAAAGCAUCAGCACGGAGCCCAUGACAUUCAUGACCACGGAUGUGUCGAAGGUCAAGCUCCUUUUUGACAUCGUGCCUACCUAUGCGGGCAACAAAGACCGGAUUGUAGGCCGUGGCGUCGCCUUGCUGGCUAGCGUGAAACCCAACGUUGGCUCGAAUCGCAUGUCGCUGCAAGGGGACCUCAGCGUACCUAUCGUUGCCGCCGAGACACUCGAUGUGAUCGGAUCUGUCAACUUUAACUUUUUGGUCAUUACGCCGUUUACUCAUCCAAACAUGUCCGUCACAGAAAACCAUACGUACUGGAAGCGCGUAGCUUCAACCAUGGUUAUCGGUCAUCGAGGUUUGGGUAAGAAUUUGGCUUCGCGGAAGUCUUUGCAGCUUGGUGAGAACACGCUACAGUCAUUCAUCGCAGCUGCGAAUUUAGGCGCAAAUUAUGUCGAGUUUGAUGUACAGUUGACCAAGGAUCUUGUACCGGUGAUUUAUCAUGAUUUUCUGGUCAGCGAGACGGGGAUCGAUGCGCCCGUUCACACACUAACACUGGAACAAUUUCUCCACAUCAGUGACAACCUAGGACCGCGUUCAAUCUCCAGACCACCGUCGCCAGACGAGAUAGCAGGCCCAGAUGACCCUGAUGUCGGCAAGCCGCACCACGUGUUCCGACCGCGCGCGUUCUCCUACUCCGUCGGCGGCCUCAAGACCGAGCAGAACUUGGACGUGACCGAGCGCAUGAAGCACACGCGUGAUUUCAAGAUGAAGGGAUACAAGGCUAAUAGCCGGGGCAACUUCAUCCAAGCGCCCUUCACUACUCUGGAAGAGAUGUUUGUGAAGCUUCCCGAGUCCGUGGGGUUCAAUAUCGAGAUGAAAUAUCCCAUGCUGCACGAGUCCCUCGAGCAAGAGAUGGACACGUACGCCGUGGAACUGAACUCCUUCGUCGACACCGUCCUCCGCAAAGUAUACGACCUCGGCAAGAGACGCAACAUCAUCUUCAGUUCUUUCAACCCUGACGUCUGCCUGCUUCUCUCUUUCAAGCAGCCCAGCAUCCCGAUUCUCUUCCUCACAGACGCCGGCACCGCGCCCGUCGGCGACGUUAGGGCCUCAAGCUUGCAGGAAGCUAUCCGCUUCGCCUCGCGCUGGAACCUGCUCGGCGUCGUCAGCGCCGCGGAGCCACUGGUCACCUGUCCACGCCUCGUGAAAGUGGUUAAGGAGUCUGGGCUCGUGUGCGUGAGUUACGGGACGCUGAACAACGACCCAAAGAACGUGCGACUACAGGUGCGGGAGGGCAUCGAUGCCGUUAUUGUUGACAGCGUGCUUGCGAUCCGGAAGGGACUCACGGGUCCGGAUGCAAAAGCCGAGGCCGAGGCGCUGAAGGCGGCAGCUACUAAGGAGGAGGAAGGAGGGGCCGAAGGGUCGAAUGGGCUCAUGCAUCCGAAGAUCGUGGAUACCAUCAAUGGCGUGCCGAUCUAUGCGCAUGGGACGUUGGGGGGUGUGAAUGGUGCGAUCUUCUCCUAG